CACGCGGUAAAUACUCCAGUAUAUGUCUAAUUUAUAUCUGUGUUAUAAUUUGAAAUUUUUUACAAUAUAGAAAAUGUCCAAACGACAUUUACAAAAAGAAAUUAUAAAUGAAUUGGAAAGUAGUGAUGACGAAUUUUAUUUGGACUCGUAUGACCAUGAAGAAAUAAAUUCCUGUGUUAAUAGCGACAGAGACAGUUUUGAAGAAGAAGAAGAGGAAAUUGAUAUUAGCACUGAUAGUGAUAUCAUAGUCAAUAAAAAAAGAAGAACAGUUCCUUUACCAACGAGUUCAAGCAGCAGUGAAGAUGAGUAUACCACUGAAAGGAGAGACAAUUAUGGGCAUUGGGUGGACGUCACUCUUCAGGACAAUGUGCCAUACAGGAUCAAUUUCACUUCCGGCGAUAAAACUGAAGGGCCACAAAUUCCAGAUAACUGCACAAAACCUACAGAUUUUUUUAAACUUUUUUUUUCUGAUGAACUUAUCGAAAAAAUAGUUGAAGAGACAAAUAAUUAUGCUCGAAAUAAAAUUGCUAAAAAAAUAUUGUCCAAACGGUCUACGUGGCAUACGUGGGUUGAUGUUACCAUAGAAGAAAUUAUGGCAUUUCUUGGAGUUAUUCUAAAUAUGGGCACAAUUACUGUUAGUAAUCUGCAAGAAUAUUGGUCCCAAAAUUUCAAUUCAAAAAUUCCUUUCUUUGGUAGUAUAUUUAGAAGAGAAAGAUUUAUGCAAAUAUUUUGGAUGCUUCACUUAUAUAAAAAUAAUCCAAACGACCAAAGUCUUAGAGCCCGAACACAGAAAGUUAGCCAUUAUUUAGAACUUUUAGAUAAAAAAUUCAAAGAACAUUUUGUUCCGUCAAGAGAAAUCUCAGUUGAUGAGCCAGUGGUGGGAUUCAAAAGCAAAAUAUGUUUCCUGAAAUAUAAUCCAAAUAAACCUACCAAGUGGGGAAUAAGAAUAUAUGUACUGGCAGAUGCCAAUACAGGGUAUGUAUAUUCAAUUUUUCCCUAUUAUGGAAGCUUGACUUCGGAAGAUUUACCACGGCCUGAUCUUCUCAUAAGUACAAGAAUCGUACUUAAAUUGUGCCAAGACUUAUUAGAUAGCAAUCCUGGCAGUAAGGGAUACCAUAUUUAUACAGAUAGGUACUACACAAGCCUACCACUUGCACAAGAAUUGCUAAAGCUAAAUAUAUACACAACAGGAACUAUACAAAAUAAUAGAAAGUUUAUUCCUUAUUCAAUAAAAAAACCUAAGUUUUCUCAAAACAAUACAUUUGCCUGCAGAUCAGAAAAUUUGCUAUUGUUGGCAUGGAAAGAUAAACGUAUCAUCACUAUACUUAGCAGCUGGGACGUUUCAGGUACUCAACCAAUAAAUAGAAGAGUACGUGGAGGAAAUAUCCAAGUUAUAGAUAAGCCAAUUGUAAUUAUUAAUUACAAUAAAUAUAUGGGAGGCGUAGAUCGAGCCGACUCCUAUUCAGCGCCAUAUUGUUUCUUGAGAAAAUCAUUGAAAUGGUGGCGGAAAUUAUUUUUUUGGGGACUUGAAUUAUGUAGUGUAAAUGCAUAUUUGCUAUACAAAAUAACUCAACAUCGCCAAAAUAAACAACCAAUGACGCAUUUGAAGUUUGUUCGAGAACUUGUAGAUGGGUUGACAGCAAACUACCGACAAGAUUCAAAAAUUCCAGGUAGACCAUCAACGUCAGACAAAGAAGAACGAUUAAACGGCAAAUUGCACAUUUUGCGUCAAAAUGAGGGAAAGAAAAAGGACUGUUUAGUUUGUUCUAACCGAAAAGUCAAAGGUGGGAGACAUGAAACAAGAUAUAUUUGCAAUACAUGUACUCUGAAACCAGGAUUACAUAUUGGGGAUUGUUUUGAACGUUACCAUACAAUGAAAAACUAUAAAAUGUAAUUUUUUUCUACACAACUUGUAUCAUUUUUACUUUUUUAGUCUUUUUUUAUUUUUCAUAUCAUUAAGAUUGGUAAUAAAAAAAAUAAUGAACCUUCAUAUUUUAUGUAGUACAGCAUUAUUGUAGCUUUUGGUAUUCCUGUGUGUCCUAUGUGUUCUUUCCAAUAUAAAAGUAGGUUUAUUUAUUUUUUUAAUUUUGAAAAAUCAAAAAGUAUAUACACAUAUUAUAUAGAUUUUCAU